CGCAUCACCUUCUUCUUCUGACACGAUCACACUCUCUUUUAUGAUCUAACCUUCAAAAUCUCACAUCUUCAAACCAAACCUUCUUCUUCUUCAAUCUCCAUGAACUAAAAGCCUAUCUCACUGAACAAACCACCGGAAUGUUUAAAGAUACGUCGGCUUCUUCUAGGACCUUCCAUCGAAGGAACCCCCAAGCGGAACCAAACGAGAACGAAUUUGAAUCAUCCUCGCAGUUGCAGAACCCAAUCAACUAUCCACCUCCUCGUACCCCUUUGAAUUCGAUACCUGACCCUUCUCAGUACGAGAAGGAAGCUCAGGACCCCGAAGCUGAUUCACUCUCCAAAGCCGAAGCUGUUCGGCUGGGUCGGCGUUACUCUGAGAGGUUCGGGAACGGGAGCAGCGUCUGCCUCAGCUCCGGGACGACAAGGGCUUCGGCUCGGCUCGGGAAGUCGAAUUCGGAGCCGAACUCUGCGCAGAGCACGCCAGCAAGGAAUGCUUCAAGCUCGAGGGUUUCGCUUGGUGGAGGAAGCAAAGGAAGAGGAGGAGUGAGUUCGUGUGCGUUGAUGAGAGGGAUCUCAGCUGCCAAUGUCACCGAAUUGUGUACUGAAGUUCCGCAUUUUGAGCUCAAAGAUGAUCCUUCAUUUUGGAUGGAUCAUAAUGUGCAGGUUCUGAUAAGAAUUCGACCGUUGAGUGCUGCGGAGAAGAUUGUGCAAGGACAUGGAAGGUGCUUGAAGCAGGAAAGUGCGCACACUUUGGUGUGGCUUGGUCACCCUGAGACCAGAUUCACCUUCGAUCAUGUAGGGUGUGAGACUUUAUCCCAGGAAAACCUUUUUAGAGUUGCAGGAGUGUCAAUGGUGGAGAAUUGCUUGUCUGGUUACAACAGUUGUAUCUUUGCCUAUGGUCAGACAGGUAGUGGCAAGACAUAUACCAUGAUGGGUGAGAUUAAAGAAACAGAUGGGAAUCUUACCGAUGAUAGUGGGAUAACACCAAGAGUUUUUGAUUAUUUAUUUACAAGGAUCAAAGUGGAAGAAGACAGCAUGAGGGAAUAUAAGAUGAAGUACAGUUGCAAGUGUUCCUUUUUGGAGAUAUACAAUGAGCAAAUAACAGAUCUUUUGGAGCCUUCCUCAACUAAUCUGCAGCUCAGAGAAGAUUUGAAGAAGGGUGUAUAUGUAGAAAACCUUACUGAGCAUAGUGUUGAAACUGUUAAUGAUGUUCUCCGUCUCUUGAUACAGGGUGCUGCAAGCAGAAAAGUGGCCACAACUCGUAUGAAUUGUGAAAGCAGUAGGUCUCACAGUGUUUUCACUUGCAUUAUUGAAAGCAGAUGGGAGAAAGAUUCUAUGAUGCACUUUAGGUUUGCAAGGUUAAAUUUAGUAGAUCUGGCUGGUUCUGAAAGGCAGAAAAGCUCGGGAGCAGAUAGUGAACGUUUGAAAGAAGCUGCAAAUAUAAACAAAUCCUUGUCAACUCUUGGGUUGGUCAUAAUGUCUUUGGUGGACUUAGCACAUGGGAAGCCAAGACAUGUCCCCUACAGAGAUUCAAGGCUUACAUUUCUUCUUCAGGAUUCUUUAGGUGGAAACUCAAAAACAAUGAUCAUUGCAAAUGUCAGCCCAUCCAUUUGCUCUGCUCAUGAAACGCUAAGCACUCUGAAGUUUGCCCAGCGAGCCAAGCUCAUUCAAAACAAUGCAAAAGUGAACGAAGAUGCUUCUGGUGACAUAAAUGCAUUGCAGUGGCAAAUUCAGCAGUUGAAGAGUCAAUUGUCCCUUCUGAUGAAAAAUAAAAACUUUCCAACUCCACUAUCAAAUUUGGUGCCAAAUUCCAAAAGCUGCAGUCGGAGUGAAAGUUCAGAAGGAUAUGAUUCUUUGGGAAAAUGUGUGACAGCUGGCCAGAAGAUGCUUCUUUCAAACAAAGAGAUUAAAAGCAUGAAAGCUGCUUUGGUUGGAGCCUUGAGGAGAGAGAAAAACGCAGAAGCUGCAGUCCAGAAUUUAAAGGCUGAAAUUGAAUGCUUGAACUCCUUGGCUCGACAAAGGGAAGAGGAUGCUCGGCAGAGUUUAGUAAUGCUGAGGCAUUGUGAAGAGAAGAUUAAAAACCUUGAACUACUGGUAGAUGAUAAACUGUCAGCUGAGAAAUAUCUCAUAGAGGAAAACAAGGCCUUAAAGGAGAGGAACCAGUUGCUUCAAGAGAGUGUUGAUAGAAACACAGAAGCAAGUCGACUUUCUUUGGAAAAUGACAGACUUCUCCAACAACUCCAACAAUUUGAAAGCUUCUAUGAGCAUGGAGAGAGAGAAAGAUUGCUGGCUGAACUCUCUGAAUUGCGUGAUCAGCUCCUUAUUGCAAAUCAAGAACAAACUAUGUUUUUCAUCAAUAAUGAAAAUCAGGACACUGAUAUUGAACAAGAGGUAGAUUAUUGCUGGAACAUGAAUUCCAAGUUGCUUAGGGAUGUAGAUAAAUUACAAACUGAACUUGGAAAGUAUUGGAGCUGUAAUCAAUUAAAAACUGAUUCUGUUGAAACAAUGUCCAUGAGAAGUGAUUCUGGAGAUGAGAUGCCAGCCUCCGCAUGGGGAGUCGAUUGUGCGACAUCAAAUAUAUCAGAAAGAGAUGCUUUGGGUGUCUCGUUAAUGUUUGCUAAAGGUAAUAAAGUAAACAGCAGCAAAGAAUUGGAAACUAAAUUGCAAAAAAUGUGUAAGGAUCUUGAGGAUGUUAAAUUGCUUAAUGAGCAAUAUAAAGAGACAUGCGCAAUACAGUUAUCUCAGAAACAGGAGACUGAAAUAGUCUGUCAAGAGGUUGAGAUGGAGACAACCCAAACAAUUCUUCAUUUGCAGGAAGAGGUUUCUAAUCUUCAGUUGGAGUUGGACAAAAGGUUAUGCUCCGUGGCUCAAGAAAAUACAGAGCUAAGAAAUAUGGUUGCGGCAAAAGAAGAAAAAAUUAGAACACUGUCUUUGGAUUGGGAGAAAGCAAUCUUUGAACUGACAACGUUCCUUUUAGAUGGCUCCAGGUCUCUUAAAGAUGCCUGUGGACAAGUGAAAAGCAUUUCUUGUUCAUUUCCUCAGGUCAAUGCUAGGAUUAGUGAACAUAUUGAUCUGGCUGUAAGAAAUUAUCUUGAGAAGGAAGAAACAAUUCUGCAGCUACAAAGUAGUUUGGAAGAGGCACAAAAAGUGGUGUUGGACAUGGAGUUGAAAUUAAGUUCCUUAAAGGAAGCUACUGUAGCCUUAAGUGAAUGUCAACAAGACAGCAUAGAAGGCACCAAAGAGGUAAUUCAGUUAAGAGAGAUGUUGACUGAGAAGGCCAAUAUGGUAUGGAUGCUGGAAAAUGAAAUAAAGUGUAAAAACAAUCAACUUUGUAAAGAAACUAAACGAGCUGAUGCCGUACUCCUUGUAGCCAAAUGGCUUACCGAUAGUUGUAAUGUAGGUCCUGUCAAUGAUGUUGGAAGAGAUAUUUCCAUCCCUGAACUACAUGUGCUUACAGGAGUAGGCAGUUGUACUAUUUCUGAGAAUAAGGAUGUUGUAAAUAAUCUUAUACUAAAUUACCUAAUAGCUCAAGUUGAGUCAGCAAAGUUUGAAGUACUGGAGAUGGAGAAUGCUCUAAGAGCAUUUUUUACCAAUUCAGAAACAGAUACAGUAGCCUUCCAAACUGGUGUCUUAGGUCUUUCUUCUGCUUACAGGGAGGUAAUUCAGGAGUUGGUUAAAGAUACACAGGACAUCAGGAAAGAAGUAAGGGAUCUGAAGAUGCAUCGAAGAAGUUUCCAGUGUAAUACAGUUGACUCGCAAACUGCAAAUGCAAACAUUUUUCAGGCGUUUAUUGAUCAUCAUCACACUCUUCGUCAGAUACAAGACCAAUGUGUAGAUAUGAAUAAAAGAUUGCAUAUUAUACAAAAAUGUAUUAGAACAGAAGAUGUGUCUAGGUUUUUACUGGCAGAUGAAGAUCUUGUAGAUGCUGAUGAAUUGAGUGCUGAUAGCUCUUCAGUCUCUGAGUUGUCAGCUGAAUGCGACAGCAUUGCUUCCACAAGCAAGUCAGAUGGGUCAACAUAUACCUACGAUUUUCAUUCUCCUGGAAAAGUAGCUGAACAGAUGGUGCAUCUGAAAUCUGAUGGAGGCAUUGUAACUCAAUCUGAUGAUAAAUCAUCAACUAUAAGCAAACUUGUGAAAAGGCCAAUCCAUUGUGGUGCAGCAGUGUCCUCUCUAAGUAAAGAAUUAGAUGCAACACAUGAUAGUUUCCAUAGACUCUAUGUCUGUCUGUCUGCACUCCUUAGAGAAUUGGAUGAUGGAUCAUGUGCUUACCCAAAAGAUCUCAAGAAGGAGGCUUCAUCUUUCCAUUUGAUGAGGCUGAAUGAUGGAGCAACUUGUGAGAACGAGACAGAGGUAUUUAAUUUUGGGAACAUUGAGCCCACUGAUUGCUUCUUAACCAAAUUUAUGGAAGUUCAUGAAACGGUCAAGGAAGCAGAUAUUACACUGCAUGCUUUGACAAAAGCACUUGAAGAUUCAAAACAGUUGACUGCUACAUGGAAGCAGGUUGGUGAAAGUUUGAUGAUUGAGAGAUCAAGCUUGGCAGAAGAGAUUCAAAAACUCAAUUCUUCAAUGCUUCAUAAAGAAGAAGAGAAUCAAUUACUGCAGGAUCACAUCCAUAUCUCUUUGUUAGAGAUGUCAAACUUGGUUUCAAUGCUAAAACAGUGUUUCUUGCAAGUUCAAACUGAUGUUGAGAAGAAACUCAUGAUAAUGUACUCUGAUAUUCUUCUGAUGGGACAGGAGAUGUCAAACUUUAUGAAUUGCCUGAGGUUAUCAUUAGAAGAUAUUUGCCCUCAGCUUGUGGAUGAAAGGUUUGAAUCUUUUGUUCUGUACAACUGCUUGGUGAAAGAGUUUAUAAGUAAAGUUUCCAGCUUUAGUGUAAACAACAAUUUGCAUUCACCCCGGCAAGGUAAUGAGUUCACAGGGAAACGAGAUCAAAGUCUGUUAAUCAAGAAUAUACCCGACGAGCCAAGUUUGCCCAAUGUUGAGAUAAUAAAUGAGAACAUGGCUCUUAAAAAAGAGUUACAGAGGAAACAAGAGUUAUUAGAGGGUUUACUUUUUGACUUUAGGCUGUUGCAGGAAUCUGCUUCAAACAGUAAGGAUAUAAAGGACCAGACUGAGAAGUUAAUAUUUUCUCUAAGCCAAGUUCGGUAUGAACUAGGACAAAAAACAAGUCAGCUAGAAGAUAUAUUGGUCCAAAACAGAAAACUGGAAGGUUCUCUUGCUGACACAGAAAAUGCUUUAGCUAAGUCAAAUUAUGAGCUUAGUCUUGCUAAAGAAUCAAUUAACAAACUGUCUGAUCAAAAUGCUGAGCUGAGGGAGCUAUUGGGAGAACUCUAUGCAAAGAAAUCUGAAGCAGAAGAGCAAGUGGACGAACAUAAAGAGGUGAUUAAGGGCUUGGAAAAAGAGAUUGCUAAUUUGACCACUUCACUAGAGAAUCAGUCACUCUCUUUGUUUGCUAGCAUUGAGAAUGAAUUAACAAAGGUGAUAAUGGAGAGAGACCAACUACAUGAAGAAGUUUGUAUCUUGAAUGAUAAGCUUGAGAUGGCUUCUUCAUUGGCUGAUGAAAAGGAAGCUAUUGCUAUGGAAGCUCGUCAGGAAUCAGAGUCAUGUAAGCUUUAUGCUGAGCAAAAGGAAGAGGAAGUCAAGAUUCUGGAACAUUCUGUUGAGGAGCUUGAGAGUACAAUAAAUGUAUUGGAGGAAAAGGUGCAUGAUAUGGAUGAGGAGGUGGGUAGACACCGUUUACUCAAUGAUUCUCUAGAAAUGGAACUUCAAGCAUUGAAAGAGAGAUUAUUGUUGGUUAAAAAUGUACCUCAGCAUGCACAUUCAGAUAACAAAAGUAUUCAUCCUGAUGAGCUUAUAUCUAGGCAACUACCCACUAAAAUAUUGGAACUUCAUGAGGCACUAAAUCGGAUAAAGUUUCUUGAAAAGGAAAAUACAGAGCAAGAUAAGGAGAUUAAAAAGUAUCAAGAGUACAUCUCCGAACUUGUAUUGCAUGCUGAAGCUCAAGCGUUGCAGUACCAACAGAAGUACAAGUGCCUUGAGUCCAUGUUUCGUGAAGUGAAAGCAGAAAAUUCAAACUCAACAUCAACAGUAUCAACAUCAGAGAAAAUGGAGAAAAGCUCAAUAAGGACAAGAGGCUCAAGCUCACCAUUCAGAUGUAUUUCGAAUCUUGUUCAUCAGAUGCAUCAGGAGAAAGAACAAGAAUUAUCAGCAGCAAGGUCUCGUAUGGAAGAACUUGAAGCACUUGCAGCUAGCCGGCUAAAGGAGGUCUGCAUGUUGCAAACAAGGCUUGCUGCUGUUGAAAGCAUGACUCAUGAUGUCAUUCGAGACCUUCUAGGUGUCAAACUGGACAUUACCAACUAUGCUGAUUUGAUAGAUCAAAAUCAAAUUGUAAAAUUGUUAGAAGAUGCUCAUCAUCAAAGAGAAGAAUAUUCUGCAAAGGAAAAAGAGAACCUCAACCUGAGGCUGCAGAUUAAUGAUCUCCUUGAAGAAAGAGAAAGCUGCAUAUCGGAACUCAAAACUAAAGAGGCAGAUGUAAUUGCUGCUCAAAUUGCGGUGCAGCAACUUCAAGAGCGAGAUCAGUUGCUUUCUGCACAGAAUGAAAUGUUGAAGACGGAUAAGACCAACCUCAUGCGGAAGAUUGCAGAAUUGGAUGACAUGCUGAAAAAACUUACUGGGAAACAAAACACCCAACAUCUUUCUCAGUCGUCAAGAAUUCAGGUACAGGGUAAGGGUGCUUUGGAUUCCAGUAACAAUGGACUCAAUAGGAGAUUUUCACAAGCUGAACGACUUUCUCGAGUUAAUGAGGAACUUGCUCGGUAUUGUAAAUCAGCUGGUAGUAAUUCACACCGCUAAAAACCAGAUUUUUCUUGCUUGAAGCUGCAGGAUUUAACUUCAACUGUACAGAUGCCGGUCUGCUUUUUGAAUUGAUUCAAACCAAAAAUUGAAUCCUUCAAUUUGUACAUUUAUAUCCUUGUGUAUUUGGUUGCAUAAAAUUGUGAGUGCAUAGAACAAGUGUAAUAUUGGCAUUUUGUAAACACUUCCCCAGCCGAAUAGUGAGGGGAAAAAAAAUCUGUAAUUACUUGAAAUGGUGCAUAUUCACUGGGAAGUUGUGAGAAGGGAAGAGGCUUGUAAUUCAAUUUAUUCAUAGUAUAUUUGUUGAAUUCAUGCACGCCGAUUUAUCA